AUGGAGCAAUUCCCGGUCAACCUAUUGCCUUCUGAUGAGAAAAGAAAUGUUAUCAAUGAAAUGGAUUUCUUUGCCAACAAGAAAGACGAUGACGAGUCGAAAACAGGCACUGACGAUGAUGAAGAUAUCAACAAAAAGGAUUUGAGUGCACACGCACAAUUGGAUUUCAAUGUAAAUACUGGUUUGCAUCUUCUCACUGCCAACACUAGUAGUGAUCAGUCCAUAGUGGACGACGGGAUUUCUCCGAAUUCAGUAGAUAAAAUAUCAAAAAGUGAGAUGGUUGUCCUUCGAGCUGAAAUGGAAAGAAUGAAUUCAGAAAAUCUUCGUCUAAAGGACACGUUGAAUCAAGUAACAAACAACUACAACACUCUCCAGAUACAUCUGAUGACACUGAUGCAACAACAUGAAAGAGAUCAUCAGAGAACUGCUCAUGAUGAUAAUGGUAUAACAGAAGAACAUGGAGGAAAACUAGUGGAUGAUACUAAUAAGCAACAUAAAAAAAGUAAUGGAUUUGUGGUGCCUAGACAAUUUAUGGAUCUUGGACUAGCUGCCAAGACGGAAGAGGCUUCAUUAUCGUCGUCUGAGGGGAGGAGCUGCCCGGACCGAUCACGAUCCCCCAUGAAUAAUAUCGAUGGAUUUUCGAAGGAAAUUGGGCGAGAGGAGAUUUCAGACAAGGGGUCACAUGGUUGGGGCUAUUCUCCGAAAAACAUCGAUCAAGCAGCCGAGGCUACUAUGAGGAAGGCCCGAGUUUCUGUUAGAGCCCGAUCAGAGGCUCCAAUGAUCACGGAUGGAUGCCAAUGGCGCAAGUAUGGGCAGAAAAUGGCAAAGGGAAACCCGUGUCCUCGGGCAUAUUAUAGAUGCACCAUGGCUGCUGGUUGCCCGGUUCGAAAACAAGUACAAAGAUGUGCAGAAGACAGAACCAUCCUAAUAACAACCUAUGAAGGCAAUCACAACCACCCAUUGCCCCCAGCAGCCAUAGCAAUGGCAUCGACUACAUCUUCAGCUGCAAGAAUGCUACUCUCCGGUUCAAUGCCAAGUGCCGAUGGCCUAAUCAACUCAAAUUUCCUCGCCCGCACCCUCUUCCCUUGCUCCUCCAGCAUGGCCACCAUAUCCGCAUCCGCGCCUUUUCCUACUGUUACAUUGGACUUAACUCAAACUCCAAAUCCCUUACAAUUCCCAAGAUCUCAAAACGAAUUCCAAUUAUCAUUCCCUAAUGCCGCCCACAGUUUUUCUAGCAAUCCAGCAGCCCUUCUACCGCAAAUCUUCAGCCAGGCAUUACACAACCAAUCCAAGUUUUCUGGUCUCCAAAUGUCACAGGACAUGGAAGGAGGUCACCAGGCCACGCCGUCACUCCCGGUCGCGAUGCACCAAGGCCAACAAAACCAACUUGCUGAUACAAUGUAUACACUGGCAGCAGAUCCAAACUUCACUGCUGCAUUGGCAGCAGCCAUUACAUCCCUUAUUGGGAAUUCACAUCCAAACAAUGCCAACAAUAUUGCCACAAACGUCGCAGCCACCACCACCAGCAACAACGGCGGUAGCGUUACCACUAGCAACAAUAAUAGCAAUGGAAACAAUAAAGUUAGCAGCUCAAACUUUCCAGUGAAUUGA